AUGAGCCACGCACGUAAACAUGUCACAAAUAAAUCCUUAAAUUCAUCACUUACUCUUGAACAAGAUCAAAGUAUAGUUAAAGUUGUUGAUAUUAGAGGCGGUAAUGUUAUCGAAGUGCAAUAUGCAAAUGAAUCUAAAGUUUUAGCAAUUUUACCACAAAAAUUCAAUAAAGUUCUUUGGAUCAAAAAAGGAAACUAUGCAAUUGUAGAUAAAGAAGAUGAAUCUUCAAAGCAAGUUAGAUGUGUUGUUUCUCAUAUCUUAUCUAAAGAAAAUAUUAAAGGUUUAGUUAAAUCAAAUGAAUGGCCUAAAGAAUUUGAAUUAGAAGAUAAAAAUCAAAGACAAAAUAAUAAUAUUGUCAAUAGACAAAUUUUAAUGAAUGAUGGUGAUAGUGACGAAGAUAAUUUUGAUGAUUUAGGUAUGGGUAAUCCAAAUCGUAAAAAAUAUGGUUAUGUAGAUAGUGAUGAAGAAGAAGUUUGUAGUGAUGAAGAAGAAGAAGAGGAAGAAGAAGAAAAUUAA